AUUAUGCCCUCUCUUAUAUUUUGCUUUUGUUUCUCAUGUCAUAUUCUCGAACGCAAGCAAUAUCUUAACCCCCUCUCAGGAAACCAUCUUCCAUGGGUGGAGGAACUACCCAUUUAACCUCCCAAUCACAACAAAAUCACCAAAAUUCCGAUCCCAAACACACAAAAUCACACUCAUCAACAAGCCCAUAAGCAAUUCAAAUACUAUUAGAUUGGUAUUUGGUGAAUUUUUGAACAAGCACUACAUUCUCCUAUUAAUUUUACUGUAUUUCUUUAUUGAAUUUCAUCAGAGGAAUUAGUAAACAAGAAAUCAAUCACCCAAAUGGGAAAAUUUCAAUUUUAAUCUUAGGGAUUUGGGGAUUUCAAAAUGAAAACUGAAAAGAGGAAAAAGCUAUGGGAAUGAUUACAGAGGGAGAAAAACAACGAAGGGGAAAGGAAAGUGACAGUUGAAAAGGGAAAUCAAAGAAAGAAGGGAGAGGGUAUCAUCUAAAUUAACUAGAAAAAGCAGGAUUUUUUUUAAUGGCCAUUCUCUGAAUGUGAGAGAUGCAAACAGGUUCGAGAGAGAACAUGAGAAAGGUGAUGACUGUUCUGAGUUGGAUUCAAACGAAGGGUCAAUCCAGGGUGCAGAUACGGACUGAAGAAGGACUUCUGGUUUGGUGCAGUUACAUUUUGGCGCCGUCUGUGGGAACCUGUACUAAAGGCUCCCUUGUUGCUCUUAUCAUGGUUAAAACUAGGUCAGCCCGAGGUGGAAACUUGUCUCAGCCUCUUGGACGAGGUCAGGUCCCCAGCAACCUUCCGCCUCAUCCCCCACCCCCAAUCCCAAAUACAUUCCCUCCUGUUGAUCAUGCAGAAGGAGAAGACGAAAAUCAACCACACAAUUCGUUAGUACUAGCACAGCUAUUAGCCUGGAAUAAUCUUGGUGAUCCACUCAUCAACCUACUUAAUCCUGCUCCACAACCUCCAGCCCCACCACAAAAUCCUGAACCAGUUCAACAUGCUCCCGCUGUUAGUGAAUCUCAGGGCCAAUCUCAUGUCGCACCAGCUCAGCAACCCCCUCAUGAUGAUGUCACUCGACGUCUAGAUAGCUUAGAAAAGCUAGUGGUUGAACAGCGAGGUAUCCCACCUCCACACCCUGCGGCUGACUCCGUACCCCACCCUCUCAACACCAAUAUUAUACUGGAAUCCUAUCCCGCUGGCUUCAGAAUACCACAGCUUGAAACUUAUGAUGGGACGAAGGACCCCGAUGAUCAUCUACAUGCUUUCUACUCUUGCAUGCAGGCCCAGAACACCUCUGAUGCGUUGAUGUGCAAAAUCUUUCCCUCUACCCUUCGAGGUAAUGCUCGAACCUGGUACUACAGUCUGCCUCCGAGGUCAAUCAACUCUUACACAGAAAUGGCAUCUGCUUUUGCCACAAAGUUUUCCAGUAGAAGGUUAAUCAGGAAAACCACUUCUGAGCUGAUGCGAGUUAAGCAGAGGGACGGAGAGUCUUUGAAGAAUUUUAUGAGCAGAUUCAAUGAUGCAGUGCUGGAGGUUAACUAUUUCGAUCAAGCUGUGGGAAUUACAGCUGUGAUCUCAGGUCUUAGCCAUGAGAGAUUCAGAGAUAGUCUGCUCAAACAUCCUACCAACACCUUCAGCGAGGUAAAUGAUAGAUCGUUGAAAUUCAUAACUGCUAAGGAAUAUGCUCUGUCGCAGAACCUAACUCCUAUUAAGAACCAACACCCGGACUGGAGAGAUGAGAAUCCGAACAGGAAACGGAUAAAGACAACACAGAACCGAGGUCCGAUGUCGGCUUCCACCCUGAGAUUCGGAAGGCCGAACUCAGUACCUCCGCAACAACCUGCAGGUAAACCUCCAGUUAAUUGGACUCCUUUUAAUCUACCGAGGUCACAAAUCUUUAUGCAGAUUAAGAAUAAGAUGGACUUAAGAUGUCCGGGUCCAAUGAGAACUGCUGCUGCUACCAGAGACCAUGCUAGGUACUGUGAUUUUCAUCAAGAUCACGAUCAUACAACAGAGCAAUGCAAUAGUCUGAGGUCCGAGCUGGAAAGUCUGGCGCAGAAAGGAAUGUUGAAUGAGUACAUCCAGAGAGUGGAACAGCCAAGGUUUGUCAGAGAACAAGGGCCACAACAUCAAGGAGUCCGCAAUUCGCCAAACAGGCAAGGUGUGGGAUAUCAGCAAGCCCCACCACCACUCCCACCACCAGCUAGAGUCAUACACAUGAUUACGGGAGGUCUGGAAGCAGGGGGACUGAGCUCUAAGCAGCGAAAGUUGUAUGUCAGAGAGCGGUAUGAUGGUCCCAUCUACGGGUUCAACAACCAACCAGUUCCAGUUGAAGGAGUCCUCACCAUGAAUGUUGCAUUUGGAAGUGGCCGAAGUUAUGUGACCCCUUCCGUGAGGUUUUUAGUAGUAAAGAUGGCGUCCUCUUUCAACACUGUCAUUGGCCGACCUACACUGACUGAAAUCCGAGCUGUGGUUUCCCAGUCUCACCUAUGCAUGAAAUUCCCAACUCCUACGGGAAUAGCAACGCUCCGAGGCAACCAGGAGGUGGCCCGACAUUGCUAUAUCAUCUCGGUAACACAACCCCAGAAGGGCAAGGCUCAGACACCCGAGAUUAAUCCCAAACAGGUUCCUGAUGAUCGGCAAGUUAUGGGUGUUGAGAUAAUAGAUAACCGACCAGAAGAUGAAACCAGAGCUGCUCCAGUCGAAGAUGUGGAGGAGGUACAGAUUGAUGACAGAGAUCCGAGCCGGAAAACGCAAAUUGGGACUAAAUUGAACCCGGAGGAAAGAGCAGAGCUAAUAGCUUUUCUUCGGGCCAAUAGAGAUGUUUUUGCAUGGACUUCAGCAGAUAUGCCGGGAAUUCCCACUUCAGUUUUUCAACAUAAACUCAGCACCAAUCCCCUCAAGAAACCAGUAGCCCAGAAGCAACGCCUCUUCGAGGGGGAGAGGUUAAAGGUUAUUAAAGAAGAAGUCGAGAAGCUCCUACAAGCCGGCUUUAUCAGAAGGGUAGAUUACUGUGAGUGGGUCACCAAUUCGGUGCUGGUGAAAAAAGCAAACGGUAAAUGGCGGAUGUGCAUUGAUUACACUAACCUCAACGAUGCAUGUCCAAAGGACUGUUAUCCAAUGCCAAACAUUGAUAAGCUGGUUGAGGCAGCUUCGGGAAAUGAGAGGUUAAGUCUCUUGGAUGCAUACUCAGGCUACCACCAGGUCCCAAUGGCUCCUGAGGAUGAAGAAAAAACCUCGUUCUACGCUGGCGAUGAGAUCUAUUGCUAUGUAAUGAUGCCCUUCGACGUGAAGAAUGCAGGUGCCACUUACCAGAAGAUGGUUACCAUCGUAUUCCAAGCUCAGAUAGGACGGAAUCUGGAAGUUUAUGUUGAUGAUAUAGUGUCUGGAAAAUUCCUGGGUUUCAUGGUUUCCCGGAGAGGGAUUGAGGUCAAUCCAGAAAAGAUCAGAGCAAUUGCCGAGAUGGAACUGCCAAAGUCAGUGAAGGAUAUACAGAGGUUGACUGGAAGGGUAGCAGCUCUUCAUCGGUUCAUAUCGAAGUCAGCAGAUAAAUUUGGACAUUACAGUGGCAAGAAGUGGAACGAGACAAAAGCUGAUAGAUGUCUAGGGCAGACAGAGCCGGUGCUGGGAACGACAUAUCCUGGAGGUAUACCACCAGGAUUGGCUGUGCAAAAGACGUCGAUAGAGGCAGUAACCGAUCUUGUAAAAUUCUUUGACACAACAAACCUAUCGCUGUUCCGCAAAGACGGGCAUCCUUCAAAGUUCAACGACAAGGGGGCGGCAGGUGAGGGUGUGGAUUGCAUCCAUUGGUGUGUUCCAGGAGUUCCUGACACUUGGAAUGAAAUUCUUUACAAUCUUAUUGUUGCUUGAAUAGAUUUACCUCAUGUAUGAGAGGUAAAGAGCUAAGGAUUGAAAAAAAAUAAUUACUAUUAUUGUAGAAAACCUUCAAGAUCUUCCUUAUGUGUAUCUUCUCUAUGGAUAGACCUGCAAAAUCCCGAGAUUGGUUCUUGGGGAGAAACUUCGAUGCUUAAGUUAGUAUU